AUGAUCUGCCACGGUCAGCCUCCGCCCUCGUCCCUGCUUCCGGCAGCCGUUAAUACGGUUUGCGGUGCCGGUGCGCCGCCGGCAGCCCUGGCCGACACUGGACUGGCCAAUGAUUGUUGCGUCAACAUGUGCUCGUAUCGGCAUAUCCGUGAGCAUUCUUCGUGUGCAAAUGGCGGAAACGACAUUCCGGAGAAGAGACACCAAGGA